AUGUGCUGCUCCCCUUGCUGCCUGCCUUGCUGCUACAGGACCACCUGCAGAACCACCUGCUGGAGGCCCGCCUGCUGUGGGUCCAGCUGCUGUGGGUCCUGCUGCUGCCAGCCUUGCUGCUGUAGCACUCCCUGCUGCCAGCCUUGCUGCCGCCCUUGCUGCGUGUCCAGCUGCUGCCAGCCUUGCUGCCGCCCUUGCUGUGGGUCCAGCUGCUGCCAGCCCAGCUGCUGUGGGUCCAGCUGUGGCGGGUCCUGCUGCUGCUCUCCUUGCUGCCAGCAGGUUUGCUGCUGCCCCGUGCAUGUCUGCAGAACCUGCUACCACCCCACCUGCUGCUGCGUGCCCGGCUGCAUAAGGUAUGGCUGUGGAUCCAGCUGCUGCCAACCUUGCUGCUGCUGA